AUGACUUCAUCCCUUAAACCCCUCGUCCUCUGGGGCGUCGAGCACGGCCCCAACCCAUGGAAGGUCGCCUUCGCCCUCGACGAGCUCUCCCUCCCCUACACGCACCGCAUCAUUGACUUUGCCGCCGUCAAAUCCCCGCCCUUUACCGACCUCUGCGUCAACGGCCGCGUGCCCGCCCUCGAGGACCCCAACACCGGCAUCACACUCUGGGAAUCCGGCGCCAUCCUCGAGUACCUCGUCGAGACCUACGACAACACCACCUCAUCGCCGCAGCGCCGCCUCUCCUUUUCCCGCGGCACGCCCGAGUAUUUCCUCGCCAAGCAGUGGCUGCAUUUUCAAGUCUCGGGCCAGGGCCCCUACUUUGGCCAGGCCGUGUGGUUCAGCAAGUACCACGCGGAACAGCUGCCGAGCGCCGUGGAGCGCUACGUGAGCGAGAUACGCCGCGUCACGGGCGUGGUUGACAAGGCGCUCGAGGGAAAAGAGUACCUGGUGGGCGGGCGAUAUAGUUAUGCGGAUCUGGCGUUUUUACCGUGGUUCAUGAUUGCGUAUUCUCAUUGGUAUGCGAGGACGCAGCCGGGCAUGUUUGCGGACAAAGUGUCGCUCGACGAGUUUCCAAAUGUCAAGGCGUGGUUGGCAAGGAUUCGAGCGCGGCCCGUGACGGCCAAGUCGCUAGAAGACAGGUUUCUGACGAUAGAGAACCUUCACAAAGACACCGCCUAG